UCUUCCCAUUUCCAAGCUUUUGCACGCACGUUCCCCUACAGAAGGCGCGGGUGACUGGAGACAGACGGCGAGGGGAGAGGGGGAGAAGAAGGCGCGAGAAUGCCCUGCGGCGCGGAGUGCACGCGCGCACGUGAGGAGUGAGUUACCGCGAGGUGUUGAGAAGUUUGUCCCUCGCGGGCCCUCAUCGGACGGCAGAUAUGGGACGAAACGUCCCCCCAAGGUGGAUGUUGCCAUGCUGGGUGGCAUGCACCCUGCUUGCCUUCUACGCACAGAAUGCAGUCUCCAAGUCUCCUCAGUGUGGCGGACAGCAGUACUUAAAAGGCUCAAGAUGCUGCAAUAAAUGCAAACCAGGUCUGCGCGUGUUUGCCGAGUGCACCGAAUCCCAUCAGACCAAGUGUGUUAAAUGUGCUCACGGGGAGUACCAGCCCUACUGGACCCAAGAGACGCGCUGCCUCCAGCAGAGAAUAUGUGAUGCAGGUAAAGGUUUCAUAUCACGGCCUGAAAAUCUGGAGGCGGAGGAGCCUUGUCGCUGUCUUCCCAACUUCCAGUGUUCUCCCAUCAACUGUGAGUUCUGUGAAAAGAUUCCCACCUGCCGCCCCGGGUACGGACUAGAGGUGGAGCCAGAGUCCAUAAAUGGAAGGAAGAUUUGUGUUCCAUGCAAGAAAGGAUUCUUUUCUGCAGACAACAACACCAAGCAAUGCAAACGGUGGACGAAUUGUAAGGCAGAGGGCAGGAGUGAGACAGCACCGGGCAGCGCUCACGCAAACGCUGUAUGUGGACCACCUGUCUCCAGUGCUGCCCCCUCCUGGGUGAUCGUGUCAGUGUUGUCAGCCAUCACUGUCCUCUGUCUCCUCAUCCUGCUCCUCUUCUGCUACAAAGACAAACUCAAGUUACUCUCCGUUAAUCUGCGAUCUUGCGUUCAGAAUCUGAAAAGGACAAGGAUACAGCAGGAGACUUUGGCCCCUCUUUACCACAGUGGAGCAGCAGGAGGUCUCAAAUACAGCCCGUGUGAGACCACCAAACUCUUCUGCCAAGCCCCCCACAUGAGCGAUGGUGACGAGGCCCCAUGCACCUUACUCCCCUGCACUCCCGCUGCUGCAGUCUCCCUCCCUCAGACCCAGGAAAUGACCACGACUGAAGGCCCACAGAGGGAGGCAGUGACGGAGGAGCAGAGCCAAGGUUCCAGUGGUCCCGAGGAGGUGUCGGAAGACGAGGAACUCACCAGUGUCUCUCCGCUGUUGCCUGGUUCCUGCAUAUGCGGCGUUCAGGUCCAGGAGCCUCUGGAGGUCGGGGAGAAUGAGGACUGUAGCCAAGCUGUCAGCCCUGGGACUCCCUGGACUUGCUCUUGUGGUGGUCUACAUGCAGAAGGGAGGUCAAAGGAGGACCACAUAGCCAAGAGUGAGGCAAGCAUUGCCUCUCUUGUUUCCUUUUCACCCCAUCUCCUCCGCUCUUCCUCGGUCACUCCUCCGUCCAGCUCUGUUCCUGAGCUCUGCGUGCCUUUGAGCGAGGCUAGGCCAAGACCAGAGUUCAAAGGUCACCUGAAAGACAUAACAGCAGUGAAGCAGAAGGGAUAUUACAGACUGGAAAGCACAGACUCCUCCUCCACAGACAACAGUGGGCCCUCUGUGAUGACCUCGGUUAGCCCUUUAAAGACCUCCUCCUCUAUUGGAGAUCUCUACUCAGAAAGGCCUCAGGAGGCCCCCAGCCAGGAGCAAGGCCACAAAGCCUCCUGGGAGGACAGCAGAGGAAAAACACUUCUGUCUGGGGACACAGAGCUCGAGUGCCCCCCUGGAAGUCUUCACAGUCAGCUUGCAGAACCAACUCUUACCUCAGGUCAAGUUUCGGGGAGUCACAACACCACCUUCAUCUCCAGCGGUCAGGUGGUGAACUUCAGCGGUGACGUCAUCGUUGUUUACGUCGGUCAGACGUCUCUCGGAAGCGUUGCGGCGCCGUUGGAUGACGACUUUGCGAGUCCUGUACAAGAACAGGCCAAUGAGACUGCUUCGUUUUUCCAGAGUAGUCUGAGGUCAGCGGGGGACUUUACCCAAAAGCCAUUGCAGGAUGACACCGCGCAGGCACCAAAGAUGACUGCAUAAUGUCUCAAUGGAAACCAAAGCACUAAAGCAAUGAUGCUCUCUCACCAUCGACACACUUUUUCAACUACUCCAUCCAUCCAUUUUCUAUGGCGCUUGUCGUUUUAAGGUCAAGGGUGAGCCGGAGCCUAUCCCACCCUGGAUUGGUUGCCAACCAGUCAACGGGGUAAUUGUAUUAGGCUAACUCAAGUUCAGGCUGGCAGACUUACUGGAAGUGCAUUUCAAUUGCACCAUUAAAAGGGAUCGUUUGCCACUUUGGAAAAGCGUCUCUAAAAGAUCCGAAUGUUCGCAAUGUGGAAGGAAUCGUUAGAAGCCUUAUAAAAUCAUACCAUGAAAACAAAUCUUUUUAUGGUGGGAAAUUUAAUCUCCUGGCUACAUUAGACGGGAGAUGUCAAAACUUCUUUAAGGAAAAUAUUAACUGGCCUUUCUCAGAGUAACUUUCUUCCAAUGGAAAGCUUUUUUUUUAUAUAAAUGUAAUAAAGAGACACAUCCAGUUUUGGUACGAAUCUUGUUUUUUUCUCUGUAUGAAGAUUUGUUUUCAUACUGCACCAAUUGUGCAGUUUCUCUUGGAAAAAUGCUAUGCAUUUGAUAAACUAUUUUUAUUUCAGUAUGUUUUAACAUGCAGGCUUUAAUGAAGAAAAUGAAAAUGUCUUUAUAAUAAUUUGUUUGAAACAAAUUUGCAUUGUUUGUAUAUUCAUCUUUUUUUUGUUUUUUAAUGUGGUUGACCAAAAGUUUACUGUAUAUGUGAAGAAUGAAUAUUCCAACCACUUAUUUUAUAAACAGGGACAAUCAUAAUAAUUGCAGUGGAUGACAAAAUGAAUAUUUUGACUGAAAUUAAACUGUUUUGCAUCUCA